UGAUUUAUUUUAGAGUUGUCGUUGGCUGGUGUUUACUGUUUUGAAGAGAAUUAGACAUGAUCGUUUGUUUCUUUUGUAUUUCAGUAUCAUAAGUGAUUAGUCAUUGAUACUCCCAACUUUUAUUAUACUUCUAGAGUUGGUUACAUAAAACUUGGGCUAUUGUUAGCAACUUAGCCAGUAGGCUAGAGCUAGCCGUAGUUUCACUUUAUUAUCAGGUUUCCUAAACUGAGAUUCUUCUCAUUAUCUAUCAUCUAAACAUCAUCAUGCCUAAAGGAGGGAAGAAAGGUGGACAUAAGGGUCGAAUGAGAACGUACACCAGUCCUGAAGAGAUAGAUGCCCAGAUGAAGGCUGAGAAAGACCGGAAAAAGAAUGAGGAAGAGGAGGAAGAAGGAGCAGCAGUGAAUGAUAAUCAGAAGGACGACAAGUUUGCAGGAUCAGGUUCAGAGGACAGUGAUGAUGAAAGCUCUCAAAGGAGAAAAGGUGUGGAGGGAUUAAUCGAAAUUGAAAACCCAAAUCGUGCUGCUCAGAAAACCAAGAAAGUAACAGAUAUAGAACUCGAGGGACCCAAACAGCUUUCUAGAAGAGAGAGGGAGGAGAUAGAAAAGCAAAAGGCCAAAGAAAGAUACAUGAAGAUGCAUUUAGCAGGGAAGACGGAUCAAGCCAAAGCAGACUUAGCUCGGCUGGCGAUAAUCCGAAAGCAACGUGAAGAGGCCGCGAAGAAAAAAGAAGAGGAAAGGAAAGCGAAAGAAGCAGCACAGGCAGCAGUGGCAGCAGCAAAAGGACUUCAUACGCUAUCGCUGAAAUGAUAAUAAAGUCAGAAAUGGUUUAAAGAACUGCAGUAUACAAAUAUAUAUAGUCUAUUUUCGAGGACAGGCUUGAUUGUAAUUGUGUGUUUUGCUUUGUAAGAAGUUACAAUGGAACAUUUCAUGGAUAAGGGAUAUUUAUGCAUUCUCUGUGCUAACCCUGAAAGUCGGUAACUGAUGCUCAUGAGUAGGGCAGGGUGUUUCCUGCAAUGUAGCUACAUGGCAAUGCAUAGAUAGUUAUUUAAUGAUAAAAAUAAAUAAAUAAUAUAUAUGUAUAUGAACAACAGAAAAGUUAUUUACUUGCAUUAACAAAGGUGAGUAUCAGUGAACCAUCACAAUUCCUACUACUUCUGAGAUAUAGUCUCUAGUCUGGCUCUCUCUGUACACCUCUCUCUCUAUUGGUGAAUCCCACAAGACAUCUUUAUUUGCCAUUUUCAUUUUUAUUCAUUAAUGCAUAGCCUUCUGCUGAACUCAGCCACCAUUAUCACGAGAACAGUAUAUUCACCGGGUUACUUCACGCUUGAUUAACAUAUUACAGAGAUUGUUCUAAUAAAGUGACAAUAUGUUCAUUUAAAAAAAGAGCCUCUGACCACUAUACAUUUUUGUACAGGAAUUUUAGGAAAUAAAGUAAAAUGGAAGACGG